CAUCUUCCUCGGUGCACCAUGUGUGGUAAUAGGCUUGGCUGCCACACUAUUUAAACAGAGGAUAUACUAAGGAACAAGGAGAAUCAAUAAGAUCAAACAGGAGAUGCCCCAUCAAUGAGAGGGAGAGCAGACUGUUACCUUAGGGAACCCUUAAACACAAAAGGAACAGAACAGUAUUCAGGGGUUACAUUUGUAACACAAUUCUUAGUCUUUGCUUAAACAUAGGGGCUGCUGAGCUUAAUAAUCCCCAAGGAAUAGUCUCUGUUUUCAAUAUAUAUUCAUUUUUUUUCCCUUAAGGAUGUCCUCUUUUUUAUUGUUUGACGUUCUUUUAGUGACUUUGGUGGUUGUCGUAGACAGCAACACCGUGGAUGAUAAAAAAGUGAACAUGCUUGUGAUUUUACCUAAGGAUGAUAACUAUAUGUUUUCAAUAAACAGGGUGCAACCUGCCGUUGAGUACGCUCUGAAAUCCAUAGAAAAGAAUUCCACCCUUCUGCCAGGCUUUACUUUCAAUGUCACUUAUGAGGACUCUGAGUGUGGCAACCAGGCGCUCUUCAGCCUGGUGGACACGGCCGUGAAACAGAAGAAGCCAGAUGUGGUCCUUGGUCCAGUCUGUGAGUAUGCAGCAGCCCCGGUGGCCAGGCUGGCCUCCCACUGGAACAUCCCCAUCAUCUCCGCCGGAGCUCUGGCCACAGGUUUCUUGCUGAAGUCCGACGAGUAUUCCCACCUAACUCGCGUGGCACCUGCCUACACCAAGAUGGGCGAGAUGUUCCUGGCCAUGUUUCGCUACCACAAGUGGAGUAGAGCUAUGCUACUGUACAGUGACAACAACCAGGAGCGGAACUGUUUCUUCACCUUGGAAGGGGUGCACGCUGCCUUUAAGGAAGAAGCUUAUCACAUGUCCGUCCACAACUUUGAUGAGACGAAGAAUGUGGAUGCAGAGGAUAUUGUACUCUCCAUCCAGAAUAAAGAGAAAGUUGUGAUAAUGUGCGCAAGCAGUGAUACCAUCAGGAGCAUCAUGUUGGCUGCUCAUCGACAUGGAAUGACCAAAGGAGAGUAUGUCUUCUUCAACAUCGAGCUCUUUAACAGCUCAUCCUAUGGAGAUGGCUCGUGGAGGAGAGGAGACAAACAUGACCUUGAGGCAAAGCAAGCGUACUCAUCCCUGCAAACAGUUACUCUACUCAGGACAGUAAAAGCCGAAUUUGAGAAGUUUUCCAUCGAGGUGAAAAGUUCUGUUCAAAAGCUCGGACUCAAUGAAGGCGAUUACGUGAACAUGUUCGUAGAAGGAUUUCAUGACGCCAUCAUCCUCUAUGCUAUAGCAUUGCAUGAAGCGGUGAAAAGUGGGUUUAGUAAGAAAGAAGGAGAGAAGCUCGUCCAUAGGAUGUGGAACAGAACAUAUGAAGGUAUAGCUGGGCAGGUAUCGAUCGAUGCCAAUGGUGACCGAUACGGGGAUUUCUCAGUGAUUGCCAUGACCGAUCUCGAAGCUGGUACACAGGAGGUCAUUGGAGACUAUUUUGGAAUUCAGGGAUAUUUUGACGUUCGACCAAACGUGAAGCUUCUGUGGGGGUCUGGGAGGAUAAGACUGGAAGAGAACAAAGUGUUUGAACAACUGACUCCAUGUAAAACAUCAGGUGGUUUAGGAGAAUCUGCAGUAACUGGAAUUGUGGUUGGCGCGUUUCUGGGCACAGGACUGUUAAUGGCAUUUUACUUUUUCAGAAAGAAAUAUAGAAUAACUAUUGAAAGGCGAAAUCACCACGAUGAUUGUAACAUUGGCAAACACAGACAACUUCGGGAAGAUUCCAUCAGAUCUAAUUUCUCUGCGGCUUAAAAAGAAAAAAAAAUGUAGAUUUUUGAAGAUGCAACCAAAGAUAUCUCUGGGUCGGAUGGAAUUCUUACAGAAGAGUAGCAAAAUAAUAUUCUUUUGUGUUUUUAUUUUUAAUUUCUUUCAGAAACUCAGGAAUGAUUUAGUAAUCAUAUGAUGCCACAUGGCCUUUGAUCGCAUAUAAAGGGACAAUUUCAUGAUUAACAAAUUUGUAAAAAUCAUAUGUGAGCUAGAUAAAAAGAGAGCUAUAGCUGCACAUUAUAUUAUAAUUUUUUAUUAUUAUAAAUGAUUUGUAUCAAACAACUUUGAGCAGUUUAAGCCACUUUUUUUACCAAAACUUUUUCCCCAGUGUACACUAAAGAGCUUUUAUUGGCUUUAGUGUGUUAAACACAAACACAAUGAAGCAUUGAUGCCCAAAAUUCUGUCCAUCUUGUUAAAUAUUUCUGAUUUGCUAAGUCCCUAUACAGCUUCCCAGUGUGACGUAGAGCUGUAAAUUAGUCAACCUUGAGUGAGCACAGGCCAUGACUUUAACCCUGUGGAUGUUGAAAUUCUUUUGCCUUAGAAUAUAUUCAGGAUAGCGUUGUUGGACAUCUUGUUCAAGUUUUAUAGUGUAUAGAUUUUUAUUUAAUGUUGAUAAUGAAAGCUGUCUUUGCAGAAUGGAAAUACAUACCAAUGUUUCCUGAUAGGUUUCUAAAACAUGUUUCAGAACAGAAUGCAGCAAAAAUUCUGAGACCUACCGAAUGGAAUCAAUGAUCUGUGAAAUCAGAAUUCUAAAAAGUCAAUUUAAAUGCUAUCAAUUCAGUGUCUUUGUGAUAGGAUUUUAUUUUAUUUUAAUAAUAGACCACAUGAUAUGCAUAGCAAAUGUAUUAUUUUAGUUGGACAUUUCUGAAAAAUUGUAUAUUUUUACAAUAAAUUAAUUUGUCUUGCUGAAAAUAGAAAAACAAUUGGACCAAAAACUAUAUAUUAUUUAUCAAUUUAGUAGAAAAGGACCAUGUGAAAGUCCUAAGUAAUAUACUGUAUGGUCAACUGGGAAAUUCUCAUUAUGGCACCUUGGCUAGAGCGUUAUAAGAUUAUCUAACAGGUAAUAACUCAAUGAAUUGGGUUUACUAUACCACUAAAAUACUUGUGAAAUAAUAUAUUCUUAAACAUGUAAUCUUUUAAAAACUCUUUACAGUAGGAUACAGGUUUUGUUGUCUGGGUUUGAAAAUGCCACAGUUUUCAUUGUGCAUUAAACUAGAACGUAAUUAAAAAAUAAUAAAAAAAAUUGUGUAAAGGUUAUUUGCAGACAAAAAAUAAUUAUAUUGGAUUAGAUUACAAAGGCUGUUACAUCUUAAAUCUGUUUAAGUCAUUACAUGCCAAGAAGCCUUGGCAUCUCAAUGACACAAUUAUUCUAUUUUAAAUGCCAUGGCCCUUGUGUCCUAAAAUCAGAAGUUGCUGAAUUCAUGUUCAAAGUUUUUUGAAAAAACAAACAACAAAAAUAUGUCAAAGACUUUUAUAGUUUGAUCCUCCUUUACAUGGCCAACACAUGGAUAAGGGUGAGAGGGGAACCUUCAUACAUUAUCAUAAUAGUACCGUGUCAGGAUUUGGCUUUGGGGGGACAAGUAGCUUUUGUGCCUGAAAUGUAAGCAUUUCUGGGAUUUUUUUGGGGUUUGUUUUUAGAAAGGCCCAUAUACACCACCAAAUGUGGGAUCUGAUAUUUUAUACUGAAAACCUUAAAAUAAAAUGUAAAUAUGAUCAUAUAUUAUUGUACAGUGAAGUAACUUAGAUAUUUUUUUAGAGAGAGAACAUUCCAUUCUAACAUUUUUUUAUUUUAAUGUUAAUCCUGCAUUUUAGAUCUGUCUGUUUUUGUUCCUAAUAUUAAAGAUGAGGAUAAGAACUGACAUCACACAAAGUAGAAUUUUUGAUCAGUGUUCACUGUAAAUAAUAGUGUAUUAUUUAGGCAGAAUUUAUCUGACAGCCAUGUAAGUGUAGGCGAUCUCUCAACAUUCGUAAUCACUCCAACCAUACACAGACAAUUUUUUUUAAUAGUGUAGGACAUGUCUGUUUUAGUUUUGCUAUGCCUUGGAGACACACACAAGUUUAGUCAAAUCAUUAAAAGUCGCUUACAUUUAUUAAAAUAAAUAUGUUGCAAUAAAACCAGGGUACGCUGCUUGAAGCCUGGUACUGAACAGUUGGUAGCAGGGCCAAACGAUAAAUUUUUUUUUCUUCUGUUGCAAAAUUUAUGUUCUAAAGUGACCAAAUGAUCCUCAAAUUUAUCAGCAAAAUCAUAAAAGCAAUAAUGGUAAAACACAAAAGUUAUAAAAUAAAUAUAAUUUUUAACAUUGAAAGUAUAGGUUUUCACUAAAUGCUGAAGAGAGAAAAGAUCCUGAACCAGAUUAUUAUUUAUGAUCAAUAAUCUCACAAAAAAAAAACAUUUGUGGGUUAUCUAUCUGAAAGGUACCUAAAUGUAACUCAGUGUUGGUGGUGCUACCAGGAAUAGUAUACAGUGUACUCAGAGACAACAAAAAAACUAAAUUAGCAGUGGCUAAUCAAGAAAGUAAUUCCUUUUUUGGGGUACUCUUAAAAAAUGAUCAGUUAAAUGUAAUGAUUAUAACGUGAAAACUUAUGCUCAAUAUCACAUUCAUUAAAAUAACAGGGUGUCAUAGACUUAGACAUCACUUGUCAUCGCCUCUAAAUCUAAAAAAAUUCUAACGGACAGAAUUUGUCCUGGUAUAAAUAUAGCUAGAAUUGUUAAAAUUUUAGUUCACAUUGACACAACCAGUCUUGGCAAACCUGGGGAAUUUUUUUUUAAAUUCUGUACUUGAAAAUGAACUAAAUGCACCUACCGUAUUUCAUAAAUUUGUUGAUUUAAGUGAACAUGAAUAAUUCUGCAAGGCAAUAAGUAUAGUAGACAUUGAGGACAAUAUUUUCAAAAAUAUAGUAACUAACUGUGCCUAAAUAAAAUAUAUUUAAUAUCUGGGGUAAUUGUCCUGUAGUUUGAUACGUUAGUUUAACUUUGUUAUGAUUUAUCAUGUUUUACAACAUUUUAUCUUAUUAUUUUAUGUUUUACUGUGCACCUUAAUAGAUUAACUAUAUUAAACUGAUUUUCUUAACGGUAUCUCAACAUUAAGCAAAAACAAUUGACCACAUUUCCAAGAUGAAACUGGACAUAUGUAAUCCUAUUGGCUUUCAUAUCAAUUUAGUCAAAGGGGCUGAUUCAAUUAGCUGUUGGGUUCCGAUAGUAGCCCCAUGCUUUUUAUUUUUCUUCAUUUGUGAUUUUAUGUAAUGAACUUUUUAUUAAUGUAAUUGCUGGCAAUGUAUAUAGAAAUUGAAUGCACAAGGCUACUAUGGUUCCUUGUGGUUACUUUAAAUAUCCCGAAAUAUCUCAAAAUUCUUUUAUGGCAUACUAGACAAGUGCUUUAUUUAAUUUUCAACCAUCUUUAUGUCUCUUAAUAUUGAGUGGGGGUCGUAUUUAAUUGUUUGUAUUUCCUUGAAAUCAAAUGGCUGAUGGUGCUGCAGUAUAACUUUGUUUUCUCUGAACCACUAUAGAUUGUCAAUUUUGACAAAUAAUUUAACCAACCAUUUAGAAUAUAACUGAAUUAAUAAAUUAAAAUAAUAAUAACCCCCCCCCCCCCCCAAAAAAAAAAAAAAAAUCCCUUACCAAUCUUUUAGGGCUCAUUCACAGGUGUUAAAAAACAAUGCUAGUUAAGAGAAGACAAAACCAUUUAUAUUUGUCCUCUUAGCUGAGUUCAAAGCAUGUUCUUAAAGCCUCCCCAGGAAUGUCUGUGAGACUAAAUAGAUUUUGGGUGAUCCACUGGAUUCAUGACUGUUUGGCAAUGUUUCCAUAUGUGCAGGUCCAUUUACUUACAUUGAGCCCCAUAGAGACUCUUGAGUAAAUCCAGAAGGUACAAUUUUGAACAAUGGCAAUCCAUGCUAUGCUGAAGGAAGGGAGCGGGAUUUAAAAUAAGCGUCUGAAUUUUAAUUUUAAAUCUGUGUUAAAAUAUAGAUGCCCAGUUGUUUAGUGGUGCAUGCAAAAGCAGAUUGUAUUUCCCUGCAUGCAAAAUAAAAUUUACUCCCCUUGCUUCACAACAUGGUUUUUCCUGGUGAAAAUGUGCACCAUUUCGCUAGAUUUGCUUCUGAAUCUAAAUUAGUUUCAUUGUGUUGUUAAAGUACAUUUACUAGGCUUCAAAAAUGUGCAGUGAACGUAUAAUAGUAAUACAUAUUUGAGAGCCCUUAUAAAAUUAUUUAAAAUGCAUUUAGCUUCUGCAACAUUCAACAGGAUCACAUUUCACGAUUUUCUUAAUGUAUUCAAAAAUAAGCUGGUAUUUUUGGUUUAUAUUAGAUCAAUUGCCAUGUAUUUUUCUUUACAAGAUGUGUGUUAUCUUUUAUGUAUUUUAUGGUCCUAUUUGUAUUAUUACAUUACUAUAUGAAACUAAACAUUUUUUUUAAUUCCAAAAGUGAAAUUAGACACUGUGGUCUUUUGUGGGGCAACAUGUUUCUUGCCUAAUGACGAUAAUGGAAAUUUCAUAUUUUGUCUAGUAUACAGAUAAUAACAUUGUGUUUAUCAAUAAACAAAAACUAACUGCUUUAUUAUAGUAUAUGGUUAUUAUGCUACUAAAGGGAAUCAAAACCUGCAUUCAAAAAAAUAGUGUGCUAUUCGGAAAAAAAUCUGACUAUAAGAUAUUGCCCUAUUACUUCAACUUUCCAUAUUAAAUUAUAUCAGUGGGCCACAAAGUACUGAGAUAUGUUUGGUCCUCUAUACAUACUGUAUACAUGAUACAUAUAAUGAAUAAGCACAACAUGGCUAUCACCUCCUGGGGUAGACUGGGAAUAUAUAAAAAAGCAUACAAGAAACUGGAAAAAUCCAGCCCAAUUAAGUUUAAGUAUUUCACAGCUGGAUUAUUAAUUGGUGAUUAAAGGUAGGAGGAGCAGAAUUUCCCACGUAGAGAAAAGUCAUAAACAAAACAUAAAAGCAAGGCGAAGAACAGAUCUCUAGAGACUAGUGACACACAGUAAAACUUUUACACCAAAUAAUUUUGCAGCAUAGAUCAGCAUAGGCUCUCUUCCCCAGUUUAAGAGUAAAAUUAUGAUUGCAUCAGUUUACAUAAGGUCGUGACAGCUGCAAUCAUUUAAUUUGUGUGAUAAUACAAAUCCUGGAAUCGCCUCCUGAGUGGCUGACCCACCCAACAUACAUCUACUCAGUCCAGGACUCCCUUCAACUGCUCUGUAUCUGAACCUAGACAAUAUUCGUAGUCAAUCAUCACUCUUGAGGCAUAGAUCUAGAAACACUUCAGGAAUUAAUUAGGUUCUGUUUGGGUAUAAGAACAAAUACACUAAUGUAUUACACACUAUAUGUUUAAAUAUAAUAUAUACUGUAUAUAAAAUUAAGUUAGUAAUUCAACUAAAAUAUACAAUAUUACUGAUGAAUAGCACAGUUUUUCUUAUGUAGUGUUGGAAUACCUAAAUGAGUACUCACAAUCUAAAAUAUGCUAUUGUACUGAUGUAAGUAGAACUGUCUGCAUAUAAUGUGAUUUAUUUAUUGUCUGUAUUUUUUGUAGAGCGCGCAUAUUCAUUAUGUGAAUAUGUUUACUUAGUGUAAUAUAAUUCUGUAAAAGUGAUGAGUUGGUCAGUUGUGCUUUGUGUGAUAUCUGUUCACUAGUGUGUACAUCUUUGUAAGCAUUUUUUUCAUAGCCAAAUGCAAUGAUAUGUUCCGAUUUGAAAAUAAAUAAAUAAAUAAAUAGA